AUGCCGGUAACAGCACAUCCUGCAUUUAAUAAAGCUUGUUCGUAUCUGAAAAUCAAACUACGACGUAUUCCACUCAAUCCGCAAACACAUGAGGUCGAUCUGAUGAAAAUGCGUCGAGCGAUAACCAAGAACACAUGUUUGCUUGUGGCAUCAGCACCCUGCUUUCCACAUGGUGCAAUCGAUCCAAUUGAAGAUAUCGCUAAGCUUGCUGUUCAAUACAAUAUUCCAUUGCAUGUUGACGCGUGCUUAGGCGGUUUUCUUAUUGCUUUCAUGGACCGAGCUGGCUUUCCGUUGAAGCCAUUCGAUUUUCGAGUCGAAGGUGUAACAAGCAUUAGUUGUGAUACACACAAGUAUGGAUUUGCACCCAAGGGUACAUCGGUAAUUCUCUAUCGUAAUGAAAAUCUUCGUCAGCAUCAAUUUUUCGCAUUGGCUGACUGGCCCGGAGGUAUUUAUGGUUCACCAUCGAUCGCCGGUAGUCGUUCAGGCUACUUAAUUGCGUGUUGUUGGGCGACACUGAUGACGUACGGAAUGGAAGGUUACGUUGAAACAACUCGAAAAAUUGUUCAAACAGCACGCGCCAUCGCUCAAGGAUGGAGUGAAAUUGAUGGUCUCUAUCUUUUACAUCAACCAGAUGUAUGUGUCGUAGCAAUCAGUUCAGACAAAUUUAAUAUUUAUUACUUAUUCGAUGCAUUACAUGCCAAAGGCUGGCAUUUAAUCGGCUUACAGAAUCCACCAGGUGUUCAUAUUGCUGUCACACAGAUUCAUACACAAGAAGGCGUUGUCGAGCAACUUCUGGAAGAUACGCGACAAUGUGUUAAGGAAAUUCUCCAAUCGAACAAUAAAAAAGAUACAGUGACCGCUGUAAUAUACGGAACCAAUCAAAAAGUUCCUGAUAAAUCUCUUAUAUGUGAUAUGACUAAAUUAUAUAUUAGUACGUGGUAUGACACAAAUUUGGACACGUCCAAAGAUCAAAAUGUGCCACAUGUCGAAAUGACAGCCGAAUAA